UUGGUGCUGUUUUUUGGGCAUGUGGCUCUGAAGCUCAGGGCUGCCUCCCUCCCUGACUCUGGCUGGUCGAUGAAAAAGAAAGCUAGGAAAAGAGGGGCUGUGGAUCCGCCACGGGAGACAAGAAACGACUUUAAUUUGGGACUGCUGAUGCUGCUAAACAUGGAGCGCCGCCGCCUUCACGGACUAAUCGGGGCAAAUACCGAUGAGGGCGUUUGUUGAGUUUAUUAAAGCCCAAAAGAUUCGGCAGAUACUUUGCUUCUUUUUUCCCCCUUUUUGUUUUUUUUAGCCGUUGAUACUCCCAUCUGCAAUGAUGCGGGCUGUGGAAGGAAAAGGGAGUUGGACCACCGUGCUUGUACUCUUCGUUAUCGGAUUGCUCGUUUCAGAAGGCUCCAGCAAAACCACGGAGGAUGAGGUGACUCUGAAGGUCCACCUGAGCGACGCCAGCACUCACCAGCCUUUGGCAGGAGCAUCCAUUCAGCUCUUUGCCAACCACACUUUGGUAACCACGGAAACCUCACUGGCAGACGGCAACGCCUUCCUGCGCUUCCCAUACCGCCUGGGGACCCCUCUGGUCAUCACCGCAACCAAAAACGGAUACGUGCCAAACUCUGUGCCGUGGACGCCUUCCCGACUACCUGUUUUUUCUUCCAUUAGCCUGACUCUUCUACCAGAGAGAGCCGCCACACUCACAGUCUAUGACGAUGUGGUGGAGAUCGUGUCGAAUUUCCAAGGUUUGAGACGCCAGGCCAGUGUUCAUUUCCAGCGCCGAGCUUUGACGCUUCCGGUCGACACGUCCUACGCCAACCUGACCGCGCUUCUGACUGUGGCCGACUCGCCCUCGCACAUCCGGCACUUUCCGUACCUGCAGGUUCCCGCCGACAACGGCACAGGAACAGAGAAGCCGUUGGAGCUGACUCCCGUGGCGGCCGUCUCCGUCCACCUUUUGGCCAGCGACGGGCUGGAGCUGCAGGUGGAUGAGCCAAUCACGGUGUCCGUCCCGCUGCCCGCAGACAGUGGCCUGAAGGAAAAUGAUCACGUCCCAGCUUGGAGAUUUGACCCACGUUUGGGUUCCUGGAUAAAGAGUAGUUGGGGCCACGUUCAGAGGGUGGACCACCAGCUCGUUCUCACCUACAUUGCUCCUCAAUUGGGAUACUGGGUGGCCGCCAUGUUGCCUCCUCAGUCAGGUCUGCUGGGUAUGAAAGACAUCAGCAUGUACCACACGAUGUUUCUGCUGGCCAUUCUUGGAGGCAUGGCACUCAUUCUUCUGUGUUUGCUCUGCGUCCUCCUCUACUACUGCAGACGUCGUUGCUUGAAGCCCCGUAGCUCUCACCGUAAGCUCACCUUGUCCUCCGGUCUGGACAGCAGCAAGAGGGACCAAGCCACCUCCAUGUCCCACCUCAACCUCAUCAGCAACGAGGUGCAACUGGAGCUCGUUUCCACGGCGACCGAGCCCGACAUGACCACGCCGAUGCUGAAGCCGUCCUCUUACGAGCGCGGAGACGACCGCCGCCCGCACGCCUUGAUGCAGCACAACAAACACAGCCGCUCUUCGCUGGGCAACAGCCAGCACGGCUCUUCCCUCGGCAACCUGACGCCUCGCAGCAGAGACUACCGUCAGUCCGCGGAGACUAUGCAGUUGAAGUCGGCCAUGUCGUGCGGGGCCGAGCGAGGCUACCGCCAGUCCUACGUCUCGGUGUGCUCGUCCGGCAACCACAUGUCCGACGGGCUAUCGCCAUCCAAGCACGGACAGUUGUCAGAACAUCAGCUGAGCGGGAUUGUCAUCUCCCCUUCUUCGCCCCCUCGCUCCCCUUCCAGAGGGGAGGGAAGUGACCUCAGGGCCCCUGAUUACCUCCUCUCCCGCUCUGUCGACAAUUUAGAGCGACCCCCUUCGCUCGUCCGGCCCGGCCAGCUACUGUGCUGCGCAUCCGUGGACCUGCUGAGCGGUGGAGAAAGCUACCCGAGGGUACGGCCCACCCUGGUCAUUCCCGCUCACUACAUGCGCCUGCCUGGGGAGCACCCCCUGUCAGGUCAGGCCCUCCUACUGCAGGCAGACGAGCAGAGUGACCUGGAGACCAUCCAGGCCGAGCUCAAUGCCUCGCAAUCCUCGGGACAAAGCCCCAAAGACUGCGUCCCGCGUCCUGACGAGCAAGGUGAAGGAGAGAAGCUGGUGUCCAUUCCAGGAGCGCUCGGAGAAACGGGUCUGGUGGAAAUAAACAGCGAAGACACCCUCUUGGCGGAAAAGACUUUGAUGGAGCUCAGAGGAGGCAAGCCUCUGCCACACCCGCGAGCCUGGUUCGUCUCGCUGGAGGGCCGCUCCAAUGCGCACAUCCGACACUCCUACAUUGACCUCCAGCGGGCCGGUUGCCACGGCAACGCCACGAGCGCGCCAGGCCCGCAAGGCGGCGGGCGGAGGCACGGCAGCGGCACCGACGCCAGCUUGGACUCCGGCGUGGACCUCAACGAGCCCCGAGCGGGUCGCAGGGGACGGGAUGUGGGGCAGGAGGACCGGCAGGUGGAGAAAGAGGGGUCCAAAAGCACAACGCCAACCACGGCCUUCACAAAACUGGUGUAUGUGGACGAUCUGGACGGGGCUGGCAGCAAGGACACCCUCAAUUACAUCUCCCAGGACAGCAACUUGGGGUCCGUCCACUCCGUCAAGGAAGAAGCAGAGAGCGUCCAAAUCCACACAGAACCCCCAUCGGUUUCCUCCUCCUCCCCCGCUUCUCCUCCCCUGACGCCACCUGACAGCGUGACUGUCAAAAACGAUCGUACGCGGCUGUCCGCCUCCCCCAAGCAUGAUGCACCACCUGAAGAUGGAGAGGAAGAAAAGAAGAGCCCCUGGCAGAAGAGGGAAGAGCGCCCCCUGCUGGCUUUCAAUUUGAAGUAAAUUCUCAGGUGGGAAGGAUGUGCCCGUUGAACAUUUAUAUAGCACUGACAUAUAUCGCACCACUCACAAAAAGUUUGGGAUAUUGGUGAAAUGUCAGGAUUAAUCGAAAGUGGAUUAUGACUUUCAUCUGACCUUCUUUAUGAAUGAUGAAUACGCAUUAAGUUGAGAAGAGGUCAAAGUGACUUUCACCCAAAAAGCUGGUAACUUUUUUGUGAGCGAUGGACUGCAGCACUGGGAUCCAUCAACCGAAGGGACAACGCUGAACUUUUAUAAACUUUUAUGUCCUUUUCUAUGAAAUGACCACUGUCAUCCUCCUCAUCUACGUAACGACGCCACUAGGAGGCGCAAUGUACACAUUGCCUGAAGGACUCUGGAGUUUUUUUUUUUGUUUUUUUUUAAGUCAAAACAAAUAUAUGCCUUUUUUUUUUAAAGAGCUGUAGUACAGCCAAAUAGAUGAUUAUCACAAACGAAGGACAACAGGAAGCUUUUUCCUUAAGCCAUAUUGGCCUCGGACCACUGACGGUCAAAGCACUGUCGUGUAAUCAGACAAUGUGACACAGCACCCACUUGGAUGGAAUACCACGACGAGUUAUGCCUCCAGUAAACGAUACUGACUAAUACUAUGAAGGGUUUUUGUACGAGUUGAAUCACUGACUGGCUAUGCAUCACUUUUAUGCGCCUGCUUGAGAUGCCUUUUUUUUUUUGUGUCUAUUUUGGUUGCCAACGUGAAGUAUUUUAACCCGAUGAGGCUACUUCCUCUUCAAAUAUGUUAAGGGCUUUUCUUCUUCGUCUGCCUUAUUCUGUGGUUUUUAGUUUACGUAUCGUUAUUUGAACUGAAACCAAACCGUUAUCGUUUGCAGUAUUUUCCCCCCCUUUUGUUCCCGAUUUUUCCAAGUGCCUUUUUCUUAAAAUGCACAUUUCCAGAAGUGAUCACCGUGUUUGUUUCUCACCUUCUUUUGCCUUUUUCCUUCUCUACCUCAGCUGUUGUUCUCGUUCCCGCUUGUGACCAAAAGUAUGCAGUUAAAUGUUUUCACUACACUGCGCACAGCUCACAAUAUUCCGCAAGCACAUCGAGAAGCACUGAGAUGGUUUGCGGCAUAGCAGGGAAUGAAUAAGAAAAGUGUCAAAGUAACAGGUUGAGCAUUUAGAGUGUGGACAUUUGUCUCAAAAUGUGCUUUUCAGAGUGAUGCAUGUUUUUUUAUGGCCUACUGUAUCUAUAUAAGAGUGCCGGGAAAUAAUCAAAUCCACUCUGGAUUUAUAUAGUCAUAACAAUCAUAUUUUUGGUUUUGUUUCUUUCCUAUCGCAAAUCAUGUAAGUUUGUGUUCGGGUAAGCGUUUGAGCAGUGGCAGUACCACUCGUGUGUACAUUGAUCGUUUGCAUUAUAUAUUUGAAGUUAUUCUGAAUAAACAACCAGACUGGAA